AUGCCUCCCCACUUCCCGUGCUGAAUCAUGUCGUCGUAGCCGCUCGUCCGGCUCCCGUUCCCGCUGCGUCUCGCUCUUCACGCCCUCUCAUGUCCGUCCCGCUCCCCCCGGUGCCCCCGGGGCCGCGGGCCCCCCCGAGGCCGCUGCUGCUCGCCCUGUUCCUGGGCUUCCUGUGGAUCCGCGCCGCGGCGGCGGAGGACGAAGCUCCGCCGUGGUACCAGGACCUGUGCAGGUACAAGUGGGAGGCGGUGGAUCUGGAGAACCGGGUCCGGUACUCCCUGAGGCUGUGUUCCUCGUCUCCGCCGGCCGGCUGUGGAACCGGCGCCGCCGCCUGCGCCCGAGGACUGGACGGCGGCGAGGAACGUUCUGUCGGGGAGCUGGACCUCCUGACGUUCUCCGGUUCCGUGUUAAACUUCAACAGCACCACGAAAUGUUCUGAAGGUUCCAACACCGUUCAGACCAGCAUCAGCUUCCAGUGUGGGAAGACCCUGGGCAGUCCGGAGCUGGUGGCGGUGUCUCAGUGCGUUCACUACUUCGAGUGGAAGAGCUACACGGCCUGCAGGAAGGACUCCUUCAAGCCACACACCGAGGUCCCCUGUGCCGUCUUCGACUCGGACGGGAAGAAGCACGACCUGAGUCCUCUGAUCCGGCUGCAGGACGGGUACCUGGUGGACGACGGGGACGACUCGGUGGACUUCUACAUCAACAUCUGCCGGAGCCUGAACACUCCGGGGACGCCGUGUCCAGAGGGCUCGGCCGCCUGCCUCGUCUCGCCUCAGGGCGUCUUCGGGAUGGGGUCCCCCAAGUCCCCGCUGGAGCUGCUGUCUGGAGACAGUCUCAGGUUACAGUACGAAGCGUCUCCAGACGCUCCUCGUCCUGAACGUUGUAACGACCAUCAGCCGGCCGUCUCCGUCACCCUGCUGUGUCCGUCCAGCCGGAGCCCGGGCAGCGCCCCAAAGAUGACGGCGGAGUCCAACUGUCGGUUCGAGGUCCUGUGGGUGACGGAGUUCGCCUGCCACCGGGACUACCUGGAGAGCCGGACCUGCAGGCUGAGCAGCGCCGAGCACGGGACCAGCAUAGACCUGAGUCCCCUGGUCCUGAGCUCCUCGGAGCCUCCGUACGCCGCCCACGCCGACGGCUACGUGUUCUACCUGAACGUGUGCGGCCGGGUUCCGUCCUCGGAGUGCGGCGACGACCCGUACGUCUCGUCCUGCCAGGUGAAGAAGAACCAGGACCUGAAGAAGGUGGCCGGGAGGUUCCAGAACCAGACCCUGCGGUUCUCCGACGGAGACCUGACCCUGAUCUACCCCGACGGCGGCCGCUGCUCCUCCGGGUUCCACAGGAUGACCAUCAUCAACUUCAAGUGCAACAAGACGGCAGGGAACGGGGGCCGGGGGACCCCGGUGUUCUCCGGGGAGACGGACUGCUCCUACCUGUUCUCCUGGGAGACGGCGUUCUCCUGCGUGACGGAACCGGAGAACCUGCCGUGCCGGGCCGGGACCGGGACCCGGCGCUACGACCUGUCGCCCCUCACUCGGUUCCCCGGUUCCGACCCGGCGGAGAACUGGGAGGUGGUGGACUCCAGCAGGACCUCCGGGUCCCGGUUCUUCCUCAACGUGUGUCACCAGGUCCUGCUGGCAGGGGGCGCCGCGGGCUGCCCGGCCGGCGCCGCCGCCUGCGCCCUGGAUGAGAAGAACGUGUCCCUCAGCCUGGGCAGCUUCCUGUCCCCCCCCCAGCUGGGCGGGACGGGGACGGGGACAGACCUGCGCCUGGUCUACUCCGAGGGGAGUCCCUGUCCGGACCGGAAGAACCGGAUCUCCAGCAUCAUCACCCUGCGCUGUAGACCAGGAGACGUGGACAGCGCCCCGGUCCUCCGCAGGGUGUCCUCUGACGGCUGUCUCUACGAGCUGGACUGGUUCACGUCGGCCGCCUGCGUCCUGUCCAGAGUCCAGGGGGACAACUGCAGGGUGGAGGACGCCGCGACCGGCCUGUCCUUCGACCUGUCCCCUCUGUCCAGGUCUCCGGAUCGUCCCUACAACGUGACCAGUGGACAGUACGUCUUCUUCAUCAACGUCUGCGCCGCCGUGUCCUCGUGUCCGCCCGGCGCCGGCGCCUGUCAGGUGUCGUCCAGCGACUCGUGGAGCCUGGGCGAGGCGAACUCGCGUCUGUCCUACUACGACGGUCUGAUCCAGCUGAGCUACGCUAACGGCUCGCGCUACAACGACCGGCGCCACACGCUGCGCUCCGCCCUGCUGGCCUUCCUCUGCGACCCCGAGGCCGGCGCCGGACAGCCCCAGUUCCAGGAGGAGGACGACUACACCUACAACUUCCGCUGGUACACCGCCUACGCCUGUCCUCAGAGGCCGCACGAGUGUCUGGUGACCGACCCCAAGACCCGGGACCAGUACGACCUGUCCAGCCUGUCGCGCCCCGCCUCCAGCAGGAACUGGGAGACCGUGGACCUGUCGGACGUGUCCAACCUGAAGAAGUUCUACAUCAACGUGUGCCGGCCGCUCAGCCCCGUCCCGGGCUGCGACGCCACCGCCUCCGCCUGCCAGAUGAAGUACGUCACUGACCAGGGCGCUCCCCGGGAGGCGGUCUCCAUCAGGAACCUGGGCGUCUCCAGACGCGGUCCCAUCAUCGAGUCCCGGGACCGGGUCCUGCUGGAGUUCUCCGACGGGUCCGAGUGUUCCGCCGACGGCCUGACGCUGGCCUACAGAACACACCUGCACCUGGUGUGCUCCAGGGGAGGCCAGUCUUCGGGCCCCCAGUUCCUGAUGUUCCAGAACUGCACCGCCACGUUCCUGUGGGAGACCCAGGCGGCGUGCGCCAUCAGCACCUCCAAGAACAGCAACUGUUCCGUGGUGGACCCCAACACCGGCUUCCAGUUCCACCUGGACCGCCUGGCCUCCGCCAGCGGCUACAACGCCAGCGCCAACAACAAGGACUUCGUGGUGAACAUCUGCGCCGACGCGGCGCCGUGUGGAACCGGGGCGGCGGGCUGCGAGCUGGAGAACGGCGUUCCGUCAAAACCGGUGGGCGUGGAGAGAACCCUGCAGUACUCCACCGACGGCGUUCUCCAGCUCACCUACAAGGGCCUGCUGGACAACCACACAGCCACCCAGGACACGUUCACCGUGGACUUCGUGUGCGACCCGCGGUCUCACCCGGGUUCUCUGAGGCUGGUGCGAGAAGAAAUGAGCACGCUGUCCACCCUCGUGGUCCACAACGUCCUCUUCGAGUUCUCCACGGCGCUGGUCUGCACGCCGGCGCCCGUCGACUGCCGCAUCUCAGACUCCCAGGGUAACGAGUACGACCUGAGCUCGCUGACGCGGAGCGCCGACGACGUUCCGUGGAUCCCCCUGGACCCCGAGGCGACGGCGCCCAGAACCUUCUACAUCAACGUGUGCGAGCCGCUGCCCAGCCUGCAGGACUGUCCCGUGGGUCCGCUGGGCGCCUGCAGAACCCAGGACGGCCGGGGUUCUAACCUGGGCUACGUCCAGUCGGGGCCGCAGGUGGCCGAGGACGGAACCGUCAGCAUCCAGUACCUGAACGGAGACGCCUGCGGAACCUCGUCCAGGUUCUCCACGCGGAUCGUCUUCCAGUGCGACGACAAGCCGAGUUCUCCCAUGCUGGACCGGCAGGACGGCUGUGAGUUCGUGUUCGUGUGGAGAACGCCUCAGGCCUGCCCGGUCCGGAAGGCCCAAGGGAACGACUGCCGCGUGCGCGACCCGAGGACGGGCGUCCUGCUGGACCUGAGCCCGCUGAAGGGGCGGGACUUCUCCGUCUCGCCGCCGGGGCUGAAGUACUCCUACCGGCUGGCGGUGUGCGGCGCGCUGCGCGGCCCGGCGUGCACGCACACACACACCGACAGGGUGGCGUCCUGCCAGCUGGACGGAGAGCGCCACAGGGUCGCAGGACUGUCCUCGGAGGUUCUGGACUUCGUGGGAGACCAGAUCAUCCUGAAGUACAGCGGAGGAGAGACCUGCCACCAGGUCUACCAGAGAACCACCCAGAUCCACUUCCAGUGCCACCGGGACCAGAACCCGGGAGAACCGGAGUUCAUCAGGGAGACGGCGGACUGCAGCUACCUGUUCACCUGGAGAACCGCUCUGGCCUGCCCCCCCAGCAGAACCUCCAGCUGCUCCUACAGAGACGAACAGGGACGGUCCUACGACCUGUCCUCUCUGGCUCUGGACUCGGGGAACUGGGAGGUGGAGGUUCCGGCCCAGAGCUCCGCCCGGCGGUUCUUCCUCAACGUGUGCCGGAACCUGGUCCCUCAGGGAGGGUCCUGGGCGUGUCCGUCCGGCGCCGCGUCCUGCAUGAAGGACGGCGAGGACUACGUGGGUCUGGGACGGGCCGAGACGGGACCGUCCUGGGAACGGAAUGUCCUCAAGCUGCAGUACAGCGGGGGACAGACGUGUCCCGACGGGAUGCGCAACAGGACCAGCAUCGUCCGCUUCAAGUGCGACAAGGACAGAGUGGACUCUGGUCCCACUCUGAUCUCGGCGAUCGAGGACUGUGUCUUCACCUUCCUGUGGCUGACGGCCGCCGCCUGUCCUCUGAACACCACGGAGCAGGACGACUGCCAGGUCCAGAACCCCGCCACAGGGCGUGUCUUCGACCUCAGCCCACUCUUCAGAGACGGCGGCUACAGCGUCCUGGACGAGGCGCUGAAGAGACGCUUCUACCUCAACGUCUGCGGAGAAACCCGGGAGGGAGGCUGCAGCUCCGGAACCGCGGUGUGUAUCCGGGACUCCUCCUCCUCCCCCCCCCUCAGCGCCGGGCUGGUCAGCAGGAAGUUGUCCUUCAGAGACCAGGUGGUGGAGCUGAGCUACGAGGGAGGAAGUCCCUGUGCAGCAAGCCCCGCCCACAAGCACCGGACCAUCAUGCAUUUCAUCUGCAGGCCCCCCUCCAUGGGCUCCGCCCCCCCUCAGCCGGUCUUCAUCCACUCCAACACUGAGACCUGCACACACUUCUUCUCCCUGCACACAGCGCUGGUCUGCGAGCGCCCGGUCACAUGUUCCGUGCAGAACGGUUCCACCACCAUCGACCUGACGCCGCUCAUCAACAUCAACGGGUUCUACACAGCGACAGAUCGUUCUGCGGCCGCCGCCGGUUCUUCUCCAGACUUCUACAUCAACGUCUGUCAGCCUCUGAACCCGAUCCCCGGCGUGGCCUGUCCUCCUGGAGCCGCCGUCUGCAUGGACCCCGAGAACGGACCGCCGGUGGACGUGGGCCGUCCCGCCGCGGGCCCGGAGGUCAGUGGUUCCACCGUGUCGCUGAGCUACAGCAGCUCCACCCGCUGCUCCACCGAGCCGUCGCAGAACGUCUCCUCCACCAUCGUCUUCGUGUGUCAGCGAGGCCUGGAGCUGGGUUCCCCCCAGCUGGCGUCGGGUUCCGGCUGUUCCCUGCUGUUCCGCUGGGCCACCCCCCUGGUGUGCUCGGACCAGACCCAGACCACCGGCUGCCGGCUCAACGACUCGCGGCUGCAGUUCACCUUCGACCUGUCGGGCCUGGGGGGCCAGGAGCAGGUCCAGACGGGUUCCGGGUCGUACCUGCUCAGUGUGUGCGGUGUGGUGUCGGAGCCGGCCUGCAGGGGGGCGGCGGUGUGCCGGCUGGGGGGGUCCGGACCCGGACCCGGACCCGGACGGUCCGCCGCCUCCUUCGGGGUCGGGUCCGCCAUGGAGAUGGACUUCAACCACCGGGGCCAGGCGGUGCUGAUGCAGUACGGGGGGGGGGACCCCUGCCCCGCAGCCACCCUGCAGGGCGAGGAGUGUGUGUUCCCCUUCGUGUUCUUGAAGAACUCGUACUCGUCCUGCACCACAGACGGUCGCCAUGACAACCGCAGCUGGUGUUCCACCACAGAGAACUACGACCGGGACCAGCGCUGGGGGUUCUGCAGCCCUGGCUCCGGGCAGCGCCGCUCCUCCAUCCUGUUCAGCUGUGACGAGUCGGCGGGCCGCGGUUCUCCGGUUCUGCUGUCGGAGACGGCGGGCUGUUCCGCGACGUUCCAGUGGCGCACGGCGCUGAGCUGCCCCCCGAGAACCCUGCCCUGCCAGCUGGUGACCCGGCACCUGACCUUUGACCUGCGGCCGCUGUCCUCGCUCACCGAGCCCUGGAGGUUCCGCCACGGCGGAGACACGUACUACAUCAACCUGUGCCAGGCGGUCCACGGCGGGCCCAGCGGCUGUCCGGACGGCGCCGCCGUGUGCCGGAGAACCGCGGCCGGAGGGAGAACCCAGACCCUGGGCCGGGUCUACACCCAGAACCUGAGCUACACCGACGGGAACGUGUCGGUGGUCUACUCGGCCGGAGACCCGGUCUGCGGGAACGAGGUGGAGGCCUCGGCCGAGAUCCGGCUCAGCUGCGGCAGAACGGUGGGCCGGCCGGCGCUCGUCAGUCUGGACCCGUCCUCCUGCCGGUUCCUGAUCAGCUGGUCCACCCGGGUUGCUUGUUCCGUGAAGCAGCAGGAAGUGGAGAUGAUGAACGGAACCAUCCGGGUUCCUGAGACCGGCACGGUUCUGAGUCUGGGAGCGCUGUUCCACAGUUACCACCGGGCGUCCGGAGACGUCCGCACCAACGGGGACCGCUACGUCUACCACGUCCAGCUGUCCGGCCUGUCCCACCCGCCGCCCGGCUGCGAGGACGCCGCCGUCUGCCAGGACAAGGAGGACGGGCCGCUCCGCCGCCCGGUGGGGUCCGCCGGCCGGGCCCAGUUCUUCAUCAGAGGAGCCGGCCUGGACGCCGUCAUCCCGUCCGCCUCGGACUGCGGCCGGCAGGAGAACGCCACGGUGUCGACCAGCAUCACGUUCUCCUGCAGCCCCGAGGCCGGCGCCGGGAUCCCCGAGUUCCUGAGGGAGACCGGCGACUGUCGCUACAUGUUCCAGUGGUACACCGCCGCCGUGUGCCCCCUGCGAACGGUGGACACGCAGAGCGACGGGGACGACGACGGCGGCUCCGCCUCCUCGUCUUGGGGGCGGGGGCCGGGCGGCGCGGCGGUGUUGCUGCUGGUGGGCGUGUCCCUGUGUCUCCUGGGACUCCUCCUCUACAAGCGGGAGCGCAGGACUCUGGUUCUGCAGAAAGUUUCCAGCUGCUGUCGACGAGGAACCCGAGUCUCCUACAAGUACUCCAAGGUCAACGUGGACGAGGACGGCGGCGAGGAGGAGAUGGAGUGGCUGAUGGAGGAGCUGGAAGCCCCGCCCACUGGAGCCGACUCCGCCCCCUCCGGCUCCGCCCCCUCCCGCCGGGGCGGCGGUCACCAUAGCAACGGCCACAUCCGGACCAAGCCGGUGAACACGGACGGGCUGCGCUCGUUCUCUCUGGACGAGCAGGAGGACAGCGAGGACGAGGUGCUGAGCGUCCCGGGCGUCCGGGUGCUGCGGGGGACGGGGACCGGGACCGGGACCGGGACCGGGAGCAUCUUCCUGCAGGAGGAGAGCGACGAGGACCUGGUGGGUCUGCUGGACACCCCGGGGAGCAGGAAGACCAGGACCGUCAGGCCCCGCCCCCCGGGCCUGACCCCGCCCCCAGCGGCCGGCGACCAGGACGACAGCGACGAGGACCUGCUGAGGGUGUGAACUGGUCCUGAACGCUCCGGAACCCACGAGGCCUUCUUAUUUAUUACUGUGUUCUUCCGACCCACCACCCGGACCGGGUCCAGGGUUCAGGGUUCGAGUCCGGAUCCGGAUCCGCUCGCUUUUCUGAUUCAGCUCAAACGGGUUUUGGUGAAAACUCCUCCGAUCCUGUCCAAGAAUCCAGAACUGGCUUCCAAUAAAAACACUGAGAGCGAAGAACCUGCUGACUCCCGGGUCCACUAUGGGUCUGGAACCGGGUCUGGGACCAGUUUAGAGUCCAGAUUGUGUUCCAGCUGGUCCGGAACACGCUGAUCCAGAACCUGCUUGUUUCCACGGCAACGAUUCACAGGAAGACGCUCCGUUUAAAUGAGGACACUGCUCAGAACCACGCAGAACACUCCGGCUCCGUUGCCAUGGAAACGGGGGGAAACACUCUGUCUCCAUGGAGACGGGGAAAGGCACUGUCUCCAUGGAGACGGGGAAAGACACUUGUCUCCAUGGAGACGGGGGGAGACAGUCCGUCUCCAUGGA